AUGGCUGCGCCGCCGCCUCCACCUCCGCCCGCGCGAGGAGGCCUGUCGCUCUACGCAAACCUCCUCGACCCAGUCGCCGACCCCUUGGCCACGAUCUCAAGCGCUCCCGUCCGCUACAAUCAAGACGGCACGGUCGCCGACCCGAAAGACGGAACGGCUGCGAAGAAGCCCAUAGAUCCAUGUUCACCAAAAACUUACCUCCCUCCCGCAGCCCUCCGCUUCCAGCCCAUACGCAGACCACAAGCAAAGACCGCGAAACCGAAACCAAACUUUCCCAAGACGAUACCCGGCGCGAACGCUCCCGCUGCCUCUACAGCUACGGCAACUUCUUCAGCACAAGCAUCCUCAACGACGACAGCCGCCCAGCAACCCCCGCCGCCAAAGAGCACCCUCGCCGACUGGGCUGUGACGGAAGAAGACGCGUGGCGCUACAGCGCCAAUGCGGGCUCCGGAGGCGGAAGCCACCAGCGUGGCGGCCGCAGAAAGAAGAAGAAGAAGGGCAACAACGACCAGCCCGCCGAGACCAACUGGGACGACAUCUACGACCCGACGAAACCCACAAAUGUCGAGGAGUACCUGCGCAGCGACGAGCGGAUCCAUGAGGUGCAGGAGUGGAAGAGGCUGCUCUACCGUCACCGCAGACGUAAGAGCCUGAGCGAUGACAGCGAUGAGGAGACGGAGCGCCGGCCGGCGAUGAACCAGUUCGCCCCUCCAGCCGAGUACUCAUUCGUCCCUCCGCCUCCAACCUCACCACCGCCAGCUGAACCGCAAGCCACGGCAGCAGCAACCGGAGACGACGCAUACGCCCGCCGCCAAGCCCUCUCCGCGUCCGCACCUCCUCCCCCUCCGCCACCGACCGACGAAGCAACGAUAUCCCGCGCCCCCGUCCGCUACACCCCCUCCACCAGAGAACCACCCGCAGACGAAGCAGACCCCUCAGACCCAGACUCCCCACCGCCCACCCUCGGCCUUGGCGCCACCGCCGGACCACCAGCAGAAGAACCCGCCCCGCGCUCCUCCCGCCCAGGCCAAGCCGGCUUCGCCCAGCGCCUCAUGAGCAAAUACGGCUGGACAAAGGGCUCCGGCCUCGGCGCGGACGAAUCCGGCAUCGUCAACCCCUUGCGCGUACAAGUCGAGAAGCGCAAGAAGAAGUCGGACGCCGAGGGCGGCGGGUGGGCCGAGCCCGGGAACCGCGCCAAGGUCAUUGGUGGGAAACGCAAGGACGAGAUUGACGGCAGCAGCAGCAGCAAGAAAUUUGGCGGGCCCAUGAGCGAGGUUAUUGUCCUGCAGCGCAUGCUUGAUAAUAUGGAAGACUUGCAGGGUGAGAUUGCCAAUGGAUUGGGGCAGGAAAUUGGAGAGGAGUGCGGUGAAAAGUACGGCCGAGUUGAGCGAUUAUACAUCGACGUUGAGAGGAGACAGGUCUUUAUCAGGUUUACGGACCAAGUCUCGGCCCUUCGUGCAGUCAAUGAACUCGAUGGACGUGUAUUCAAUGGCAAUGUCAUAGUGCCAAAGUUCUUCGAUACGGAAAAGUUCGACAAGGGUAUCUACCAAUGA